AUUCAAGCCAGCUCUCCUUCUCUUGAACUAAUUCAUCAAGCAACCUCCAAUCCGCCAUCAAGAAUCAACCCUCCCACAUUAAUUAGCCCACGAUCAUCAGAUACUGUACAAAAUGUCCGACUUAUCCUUCAACUGCGCCCUCGUCACCGGCGGCGGCGGCGGCCUCGGCAAAGCAAUCGCCCGCUACCUCCUCAGCCAGGGCAAGAAAGUGAUCAUCGCCGGCCGCACCGAGCAGACCCUGCAGCAAACCGCCCGAGAGAUCGGGGCGACCGACUACUUCGUGCUCGACACCGGCCUCGUCGCCCAGAUCCCGAAGUUCAUCCGCAACCUCACACAAAAAUAUCCCGAGGUGGACUGUCUUGUCAACAAUGCCGGCGUACAGCGCCCUCUCGACAUCGUGCACGACACACCCGCCGACUUUCUCACCAAAGCAGACCAAGAGAUCAACAUCAACAUCCGGGGGCCCAUGCACCUCACGCUGGGCCUGCUGGAGCACUUCCGGACGCACCCGCACGGCGCGACCAUCAUGAACGUCUCGUCUGUGCUGGGGUUUGUGCCCUUCUCCGUCAUCAACCCCGUGUAUAACGGCACCAAGGCGUGGUUGCACUUCUGGUCGAUGACGCUGCGCACGCAGCUGGAGAAGGCCGGCUACGAGAAGAUCCGCGUGGUGGAGAUCGUGCCCCCGUCGGUGGGCACGGAUCUGCACCGCGACCGGUCGGAUCCGGACGAUAAUAAGAAACACAAAAAUCCGAAUGCGCUGUCGGUGGAGGAGUUUAUGGAGUUUUUUGUCGCGGGGGUGGAGCGUGGGGAGAGCGUUAUUGCGCCGGGGAUGAGUCGAGAGCUGGUGGAUGCGUGGUAUAGGGAGUUUGGGCCGGUGUAUGAGAAGUUUGCGGGGGAUCAUCAAAAAUGAUUCGAGUCCAGUUGUCUAUUGUCUAUUAAUAAGAAGGACGCAUGGUGUAAGUUAUAGAGUCUAUGAAUGUGAGAUCGGUGGGUCAGAGUAACGAUGCUUGUUAACAUGAUACAACAACAUAAAUGAAUCGCUGGAGCACUCAUUGUCAGAGUGACGCCUUCCAGGAUACUACCAUCAUGGCAAUCCUCAUCAUACUCCUCCAGCCCUCCC